CCUAAAUACCUUGAAAUGAUAGAUACAGUCUCUUUUAACUGUUUACUUCAAUAUGAAUCUGUCGGUACUGCCGAGAAAUAUGACAGCGUUUGCAUUACAGACCUUAAACAGUGGCCGAUGUCUGAUGAAUUAGGACUUGAUGAAUCUCAGUAUGAGGCACUGCAGAUGGCACUCACAAAGGACGUUGCUCUUAUCCAAGGCCCACCAGGCACUGGGAAAACAUUUAUGGGCAUUCGUCUCGCAGAAUUUCUUUUAUCAAAUCGUCACCUAUGGAGGGAAUCAGAUAGAAACUUACCAAGACCUUUGUUGCUCAUUAGCUAUACCAACCAUGCAUUAGACCAGUUUCUCGGUGCCUUGAUGAAACACCAGCAUUACAAGGAGUGUUACCAUUUUGUAUUGUGCGAGUAGGUUCUCGAUGUGAAAAUGAGAAACUUGAACAAUACAACAUAAGGGAGCACAGACGGGCAUCAUUCAAAUUUAGAGACCAUCGCAGGACAAUGAACAAUCAUAAUGAAUCAUAUGAGUUUAACAAUCGCAUGAUUAAGCAAUACCAGAAUGGUCUUGUUCAUGAAGAUACUUUGAGUACAGUAAUGUCAUACAGACAUUAUGAACUGCUUACUAAUGGGUGGAUUCCUAAAGAUAGAUGUCCAGACAAUGGAACACGGCUCCUGAUUUGGCUGGAUGUCAAAGUGAGUCAACCAACUGGCAAUAUUGCAAAAGGGAUGACAGAUGACAUUUUCUGGACUGAAGAAGAUUUAUUUGAAGAAGAUAAAGAAAGACUGCUGGACAUUUCUGAUGACAUGGAGAAUGAUGAAGAUCAAAACAACAUUCCCAAAAUGGCACUCAAUGAGAUGACUUUGGUGUCAGAAAAAUACUGGCAAAACGUGCCAAGCAAUGAAAGACUAAAACUAUUCAUUAGUGUGGUUAACACUGUAAAUACAAAUGACAAAAUGUCUUCUGUUGAAGAAUAUUCAGUUAUUAAUAUAUGGCAGCUUGAUGUUCCCCAAAGAUGGAGACUUUAUCGUCACUGGAUUUGGAAUGCCACAAGUAAGUACAGGACUGCCGUCUCUGAAGCAGAAUUUGAAUUAGAAGAGUCAUGUCAACUCGACAAAGAGGUCAGAGCUGCAUUGGAUGUUCAGAUCAUGAGGGAAGCACGUGUAGUAGCCAUGACAACUACAGGCGCAGCACAAUAUUCUUCUGCACUGCAGAUUGUUGCUCCAGCUGUGGUUAUAGUAGAAGAAGCUGCCCAGGUGGCUGAGCCACAUGUUAUUGGCGCUUUGUCUCAGUCGUGUCAACAUUUAAUUAUGAUUGGCGACCAUCAACAACUGCAGCCGUCAUACAAUGACUUCCAGCUCUGUAAAAAAUAUAAGACAGAUGUCUCAUUGUUUGAGAGGUGGAUCAGAAGUGGAAUGGAAUACAAACAGUUGCAGCUUCAGCAUCGGAUGCGUCCUGAAAUAUCUUCCUUAUUGAAACCGCACAUCUACAAGACUCUGGAUGAUCAUGAUUCUGUGUUUGAAUAUAAGAACAUUCGUGGCAUGGCAACAAAUUUAUUUUUCCUUGACCACGAUCAUCUGGAAGACCAUAGUGAAGGAUCUCUGAGCCACAGGAAUCAGCAUGAAGCCAAAAUGAUAACAAAACUGUACCGACAUUUAAUACUUCAAUGCUACUCGCCAGACGAUAUCACUAUACUCACUCCCUACAAAGACCAAGUCUAUCUUCUUAAAGGUAUAAUUCAAGAGAUGGAGCAAAAUGAUCCAGUUUUGCAGAGAACAUUUCCUUCUGAAGAAAGGAAAAAGGUAAGAAUCACAGCUGUUGACAACUAUCAAGGGGAAGAAAACAAGAUAAUCCUGAUAUCUUUAGUUCGCAGCAAUAGGAAUAAAAACAUUGGUUACUUGUCGAGAGCCAAUCGAAUAUGUGUCAUUCUUUCUAGAGCUCGUGAAGGUCUGUAUAUCAUUGGCAACAUGAACAUGCUGAAGGAGAAAUCUACCCUUUGGGGGGAGGUCUUGCUGAAAGCAGAAGAAACUCAAAAUAUUGGGAAAAUUUUGAAGUUGAAAUGUGAGAAGCAUAAGGUAGAGAUUGCUGUGGAAAAGCCCGAGGACUUUGCCAAGAUUGCAGACGGAGGUUGCAACCAGGCUUGUGAAACCAGACUAGAGUGUGGUCAUGCAUGCAGUCGGAAAUGCCACAUCAGUGAUAAAAGUCACAAGCUGCCUUGCAAAAAGCAGUGCUCAAAAGUGUGCCCCAGAGGACACCUCUGUCAAAAAGAGUGUCAUGAAAAAUGUGGUGACUGCAAAGAAAAGGUGAUGGUUGAACUUGAGUCAUGUGGACACACACAGGAAAUCCUUUGUUAUAGAGACCCACGCAGUGAACAGUGCAAAGAACGGUGUACAAAGAAGUUAGACUGUGGUCACGUAUGUCAAAGAAAAUGUGGAGAACGAUGCAAUACACCAUCUAAUUGCAUGGAAUUGGUUAAGAUUGAUGCAAGAUGUGGACACAACAUACAAAUUGCUUGUUUUACUCGAUCAAAUCCAGACUGCAGAGUGCCAUGCCAAGGGAUUCUUAAAUGUGGACACCAAUGUAAAGGAAUGUGUGGAAAAUGUUUCCAUGGCAACCUCCAUCAAGAAUGCACAGAGAAUUGUACUCAUGUUUUAAUUUGUGGACAUGCUUGUAGUAAAAAAUGCAAUAUUCCAUGCGGACCUUGCACCCAAAAAUGCGAAAAUAAAUGUUGUCAUUCUAAGUGUAAAAAAGAAUGUGGUGAUGUCUGUAACAUGUGCAUAGAACUAUGUCGUUGGCGUUGCAAAAGCGGUUGUCCAAACAAAUUUGAAUGCAAACAUAAGUGUGGUGAACCUUGUGACCGAUCAGCUUGUAAUCAUCCAUGUAAGAGAAAGCUUUUGUGCAAACAUCGCUGUGCUGGGUUUUACUGUGAACCUUGCUUUUGUCUGGAGUGCCAAGAUGACGACCCAAGAGAAAUCUUUUUUGGUGCUGAAGAUGAACCAGAUUCUAUAUUUUACCAACUUCCUGACUGCAAACACAUUUUUGAAAGUUUUGGUCUCGAUACAUACAUGGAACAAACAUCUGCUGAUGAUUCGAUUAGACGAAAAGAGUGUCCAAAGUGCAAAUCGCCUGUACUGAAUGCUCAAAGAUAUAACAAUGUCAUCAAGUCUGCCCAAAAAGAUAUUGAGGAAGUUAAGAAAAGGUUUUUGUCUAGUAAGGAUGCAUUACGAGAAAAGAAAAAGCUAAUUCGGUCAUUUAAAAAUAUUCCCAGACCAUGCCAGCAUAUAGUUAAAACCAGCAACACAGUCCAAGCCAUGGAUAGGGUUUUAAUGUUUCUCCAAAACCGGGAUACAUUUGUGGACAGUAUUAUGUCUAUAAUGAAUGAAAUAAACCAGGAAGGGGAGAAGUAUAUUGAUAUUGAUCAAGUGCAUCAUCUCAUGAAUGAACUCAUAAAUCUGGAUAAAUGGCUAACUCACAGAGAUACGUUUUCAGCGCAACAGGUGGAUGAAUGUCAAAUGGAAAUAACUCGAAUAAAACUUUGGUGGAAAAUCUGUCGUAUCAAAGGGCAUGUUAGCCAGAAGCACGACCAAGCAUCCCUUGAUGAUAAAGAUAAAAUAGAAUCCAUGGCUCUUGACAUGGGAAAAACUAAACUAUCACAAGAUGAGGCAGACAAAGUGUCCAAGUUCAUUGCAGAAGCCGAGCAGAAAUUCCAAAUGUGUGGGCUUUCUAAGGAUGAAAAAAUAAUGAUUGUCAAAGCAAUGGACUACUCCAAACAAGGACAUUGGUACAAGUGCAAAAAUGGUCACAUUUACACAAUAGGGAAUUGCGGCGGUGCCAUGGUGACUUCCAGUUGCCCUGAAUGCGGCGAGGUAAUUGGAGGUCAAAAUCAUCGCCUAGCUGACGGUAAUGACGUUGCUGGGGAAAUGGAUGGCGCCACAUACGGGGCCUGGUCAGAACAUGCAAAUAUGGAGAACUAUAAUUUUGACGCCAUUAUUUAAUUAAGGACGCUAAACUGGCUAUCGCGUAUCACUCUGCGAGAUGACUUCAUGCGAUUUCAACUAGGAUUUGGAAACCUUACUUUUUGAAUGUCCUGUCGGGUGUCUCGUCGAAGAUUUGCAAAUGUUGUUGUUAUUUAUGUUUACUUACUUGUCGUCUGUUUUGUUUGUGGGGUGGGUUUUUUUCUUCUCAUGCUAUGUAUUUAUUCAGAUUUGUGUUUUUAGUUAUCAAGACACAUAUAGAAUUCCGAUUAAUUGUUUUGUGUAUAUUGGUUUUGUUGUUAUAUUGUUAAAAACGUUUUCGCUUGUU